AUGGCUACCGUCGAUUGUGAAGGACUUAUGCAGGCAUGGUUCCCGACCCAGACCCAGAUAGAGCAAAAGCCUCUUCGUGAGGCUGACAUCAGGGAGAUCGCACAAGUCCUUGUACGAGCUUCGAGUGUGUCUUGGAGUCGAAUACCAAGGAUAUACAGCGUUCUCAAAAUUAUCAAACACUUAAAAGCUAUUGAUUGCUUUGUGAACGAAGGAAUUACAGACAUUUGGUUCCCGUUCUCCCAGAAGAGUCUACCGUCCUCUUUUCAACCCCAGUCUGCGCGAUCGGUCUUCCUCGAUACUCAACAGCUGGUCUUCAACAUCAAGGCUAUAAGCCUCGAACAGGAACACACGAGACAUAGUCAUUUCCAUGACGCGUCAGAGAUUCCCUUCAAGAAAACUGGCGAGCUGGGUCAGGGUGGCUUCGGCUCCGUUGAUCGAGUUUUAAGUACCGUCACCUACAAGGAAUAUGCACGAAAGCUACUUCCCAGAGGAAGGACAUUCAAAAAGAACAAGGAAGUCCUCCAGGCGUUCGAAAAGGAACUUUCCAGCCUUAAAAGGUUAUCCAGACAUCGACACGUUGUCGAUUUCAUCGGCAGUUAUACAGAUCCGAAAUAUGUUGGUAUCAUUACAAGCCCAGUGGCAGACUGCAACUUGCACGACUAUCUUGCUCGCAGUUUGGACAAUGGCCAAAGAUCAUUUCUGCGUACUUUUUUUGGAUGCCUCACAUCUGCGCUCGGCUUCUUACACGAUAGCCAUAUCCGCCACAAGGACAUCAAGCCUCAGAACAUACUGGUGAAGAGCGAAGAAAUCUUCUUGACCGAUUUUGGCCUUGCAUUAGAUUGGAACGAGCACAGUCGUAAUACUACCAUAGGGCCGGCAUGGCAGACGCCGCGUUAUGGUGCUCCUGAGGUUGCAGAAAGUUCUGCUCGCAAUGAGUCCGCCGACAUCUGGUCGUUGGGCUGCGUCUUCCUGGAGAUGUGGACAGUGUUGAAUAGUGGAAACGUAAAAGCUUUGCACGAUCACAUGAUCAACACUGGGAACAAAAAGUCCUCCUACUGCGCCAAUCUUCUCAGUGUUGAAUCCUGGAUUGAGCACAUAAAGUCUUUACCGGGUCUUCCUGUGGACAAAGUUCCUGCGGCAUGGAUCUCAAACACGCUACGGCACGAUCGAGGCACUCGUUGGACUGCACGCACUCUGGGAGAGCGCAUUUAUGAACACAGCAACGAUCCGACCGCAAUAUUUGCAUUUGUGGGGCGAUGCUGUUUAGACGAAGAUGAUUCAGAAGAAAGCGUGCUAUCAUCGGCUGACGAAGCUCCUGCAGACCUCAUAGUUCAGCCGUCCAGCCGACCAUUGUCUAGGAGAAUACACGAGAAGCGCGCAUCCGGCAAGGAAGAGACUGCGGCUGUCCACACCCACAGCUCCGAUAUGCCAACAGAUCAAUCUGAGCAGUCUACAGCCAAAGUACAAGUUCCCUCAGUUUCAACAACGCCGGACAAGUCAGUCCUAUCUCACGAAAAGUCUUUGAAGGAAAAUCAGGGCAAAGCAAGACAUGGGACUCCACUCGGACUAAGUUCCCGGCUAGAAACAGAACAGAGGCUUUUGACCAAUCAAUUGGAGACAUUUACAACCCCUGGCAAAUAUCAACGAGAACCUGCCUUCCAACCCUGCGUGGAAGAGGAGGAGUUAUCACUCACACGUGAGCUCAACGAUGUACAUAUUGAUUCAGCAGUGCCGCCACUUUCUGCACCAGAAGGCAACGGCGAUGAGAAGAAACCUUCGAACCAGUGGGUUUUUUUUGCCACAGGAUCGAACGUAAAGCCGCGAGGGAGAUUGGACAUUCGAGAUGAUCUUUUGGAAGAAGCCCAUAAGCGCAGGGAACUUCGACGCGCCUUCCUCGCACAACGAGACGUAGAGGAAGUCCUGGGAGAAUCUGAACUAUGGCGGGCUAAAUAUUCCAAGCCCAAGAGAGAUGAAGAUCGGGGACAAGAUCAUGUGGCCCAGGAAUCUUUGGGAAAGAAUGUCGAAAAGUCUCGAGACAGUCAUCGCAGCUCGGGAGACUCAUCGUCGGAUUGGGACGAAGCAGUUGUACACCCCUCGCCCGCAGCAGAUCCGGCACCGACAUAUCGCGGGCUCUAUCAUCCAUUGAGAUGGGAAAAAGAAGCAGUAUGGGGGUCCGCUUCGCAACCAGACGAAGAGAGGAAAAGUGGAGCUAUGCGCUACCUGCACAAGUCUCGCGCUGAAGCCGAGCGUCAAAUUCGCCUACCACCCGUGAGGACUUCAUCACGGGAGUACUACGAGCCCAGCCGCUCGCCGAGACACCCAGAAGUGCGAGCAGAGCAAGUCCGUAGAUACGCCCUUCCCAAGGAGCACAGAGACCGUGGUGGUAUUCCCGAGGUCGUCGACUGGAACGAACCAAGGCUGCCUACCUUCAAGCACUCAACCGCAUCACCGGCCGAAAUUCGCAUUCCUUCCACAACUCAGCGCUUCCAGGCCCAGUCGUCAUCGAAAAAUCGCCGCCGCCGCUCCGAACGGUCGCCACCACGGUUCCCUGGUCUGAGUCGCUCCGCCACCAUGCCCACGGUUCCCGGACCAGAGGCGGGAGGAUCUCACCAAGAAGCGAAGAGUUAUCCUCACCCUUCAGCUCCUCGAAACGAGACCAAUACUAGUCCCAAUUACAACGGCUACCCAAUCAAUUCGACGCCACAAUCCGGCAUUGAUAGCAUAAGUCGCCCCGCCACAAAACCCAAAUCCUACUACAGCUUCGCAUCAUCACGUAAGAAUGACUUGAACUAUCUCCAUCCUUCAGGCCGACGUGGUGCAAUGUCCUUCCACCCCGACACCAAUUCAGAACGGGAAGAUUAUCCCAUAGUCCGACCAACUCCGUCCAGGAAGACCAGAGACUCACAUAGCUCAAACGACGGUAAAACAAAGCGAAAGAAAGUGCAGUCUCGCAAAAACAAAGCGUCUCUUGCGCACAGCAGAACCGAUAACAGCGCGAGGUCGAGUCAAACGCCACUUCAUCGCACUGUUCUCCGUGAACCCGAAAGAAACCGCCACCGCUCACCUUCACCACUCGGUGUUCCCCUCAUGGGUGCCAAUCGACCAGAACUCCAUUCGUCUAGGACGAAUACGCCAGGUCGUUCGUCUCGCGACAUAUCGCCCGUUCGGGAGGAGCGUCGCCGGGCUUCGCGGAUGUAUGGAGAGGGUUCGGAUUCCGAAUAUAGGCGUGAAGAGGCCGCCGAAGACCAAAGCGACUAUAACCCUUAUAGAGUACACUAUGCCCCCAGGUAUGGAACCGAAGACGUCAGAUGGGCGCCAAAACCUGAAGAGAAUGGGCCAUCACGAGCAAGGAAGCCGACGUUGGGUCAUACUACUCAAGUUUAUUAG